GCCGUUUGUGGCAAGUAGAAAACAACAAUUUAUAUGCACAACCCGUACGUUUUGCAUGCUGUAACUGCGUAAAAACCAUCAGCUGUUAACAAUUCAGUUGGAUAUACACAUUAUUUCAGAAAUCAUUAAAUGAAAUCAUGGAGGACCAGAAACUGUCUGUCUUGCUGCUGGUUUGUGUGUCUGCAGUGCAUACAUCAUUGGCUCAAUGGCCCCUUGGUCCUGACUUCUACAACAGCAUGGAUGCAUUGAGGACAAACUUGAACACCAUGAACACUAACAUGGAAACUAACAUGAACACAAUGAAUACUAACCUGGAAAAUAACUUGAACACGAUGAACACUAACCUGGAAAAUAACUUGAACACGAUGAACACUAACCUGGAAAUGAACCUAAACAACAUGGCAUCACGACUGCAGGCAAUGGUAGAGGACGACAAGGCUAGGGCCGCAAAUGGCGUGGCGUUCGCAGGUGGUCUGGUCUUCAACUCUGGCAACGGCGGGCUUGGAUACGCAUAUAAUUCGUCGGAUGGCUCCUACACUCAGUACGCAAUGGACGGCGGAAGUCCACCACAUGGCUACAUGUACCACACUUGGCAGUUUGGAACUUCCAUCCGCACUUGGUGAGGCGGAAGUGCAAAAGAAGCCUACUUAUUCGAGACUAGACUUCUACAUAUGUUUCUUGUUAUGUCAUAAAGUUAUUUCGGAUGUGAAUGGUAACAGUAGCUUAGUAAACUAAUAUAUUUUGGCACAAUGGAAACAACAGAUCUACGAAAAGUUUGUAUUUUCAAACAUUUUAAUUGAAUUUUGUAUUUAAUGCCAAAAUUUAUUACAUGUUAAUUUUCGUUUCUAAGAUGUUUCUAUUUCUAUAGUACUGUUGUGAUUUUAAAUAAAAAUGCAAUAUU